UAUGGCGACCCCCAUGUGUAGCGUUGUAAAGCCGGCAAUGCUACUCAAGGUUGUAGCAGAAAGAAGAUCGUCUUCGUGAUAUUCUUGCAAUUAAAUGAUGUUACGCCAGAUGUGCAAAAGACUGUUUCCAAGGCACUGUGUACAUUCUGGAAUGUGUGGAGUGUCCGUUGACGGUAGAUUUGAAGCAGGGGUGGUACAUACAUCAGCAGCAGAAACCAUUGCCAUGAAGCAAACAGUCCACUGCCUGCCUCUACAAAACUCCAGGGGAUUUCAUUCAUCUUGUAUACAUAAUUCAAAGAGGUCAAAAGGAAUCCAGAACAGAACAGCUAUUACGUAUAGUUCCAAAAAGCUCUACGUGCCAGAGGACAAGUAUGUGAAGGUUCCGAAGGGUGUGUCAGUCAAACAAUUUGCAUCACUGCUAAACAUUGAUGAAGACGUGAUAAAGCAGUACUAUAAGAAAGCUGUCGGUGGUACUGAUUAUGAAAAGUUUGAAUCAAGGUUUCAAUCUGUUCCAUCAACUGUCCUAAUGAAAUCGAUUGGUAAAUCUGUUGGAGUGACGGUGAAUGUGGUGGAGGCACAGCCUGAUGGUCAGAUCUUACGUACAGAAGAGAAGAAGAGGCAAGACAAGGAUAUAUACCCCUGUCCGCCCCCAGAUCCAAGUGUACUAGUAAGACGAUCGCCUGUUGUCACCAUCAUGGGUCAUGUAGAUCAUGGUAAAACAUCGCUGCUCGACUCGCUCCGGAAAACAAAUGUUGUGGAAAAGGAGUUUGGUGGCAUAACUCAGCACAUAGGAGCAUUUUCUGUAAAACUGCCAUCAGGAGAAGCCAUCACCUUUCUGGAUACCCCAGGGCAUGCAGCGUUCGCAGCCAUGCGUGAACGAGGAGCAAACGUGACAGACAUUGUGGUUCUGGUGGUGGCAGCAGACGAUGGUGUGAUGGAACAAACACAGCAGUCCAUCAAAUACGCUAACAACGCAGGAGUACCAAUCAUUGUUGCUAUUAACAAGAUAGACAAACCUACAGCUGAUGUUGAAGGUACCAAAAAAAUGCUGCUUCAAUAUGGAAUAGCCGUUGAAGAUUUUGGAGGUGAUGUACAAGCCAUUCCAGUGUCUGCUAUUCAGGGAACAAAUCUUGAAAAACUUCGGGAGGCAAUAGUCACACAAGCUGAAAUCAUGGAGCUUAAGGCUGACCCUGUCGGAAAGGUCCACGGUCACGUCAUAGAAUCCAGUACUGAUGUUGGUAGAGGGAGGUUGGUGACUGCUGUAAUAGAGAGGGGGACGUUAAGGAAAGGAGACCUUCUCAUUGCUGGCACAGCCUGGGCCAAGGUUCGACAGAUGUUUGAUGAAAAUAGAAAACCUUUAAAAGAGGCACCACCAGCCACACCUGUGGAGAUCACAGGCUGGAAGGAACUACCAUCUGCAGGAAGUGAGAUACUUCAGGCUGCCUCGGAGGCAGCAAUCAAAGAGGCAAUUAUCUGGAGGGAACAUCAGCUAUUCAGAGAAAAGGAAAACCAAAUAUUUGAUGAAAUUCAAGAAAAACAAAAUAAAAUAAGAGACGUUUAUGUUCUGAAGAGGGAUACAAACCGUUUGGCUGGUUAUUUCAAACGGUCACAGCCUAAAAAAAAAGAGUCUGAGGCAGCAGAUACUAGUCCACAGUUGGCUAUAGUCGUUAAAGGUGAUGUUGAUGGAUCUGUGGAAGCCAUAUUGGAUUGUCUAAGUACAUACCACUCUCAACAGUGUCGACUGGAUAUUCUUCGGCAUGAUGUUGGGGAAGUGAACACCACUGAUGUGGAAACAGCACAAGUAUUUAAUGGUGAUAUAUAUGCAUUCAAUGUGAAGGUGCCUAGUGAUAUCAGCAAACUUGCCAAAGCCAAAGGAAUUACAAUCAGGGAACACAACGUCAUAUACAAGAUGAUUGAUGACAUAAAAGACACGAUGGUCUCUAGGAUUCCUCAGGAGGAAGUGGAAGAUGUUAUAGGUGAAGCCAAUGUGAUACGACCCUACUCUUUUAAUGAUGGCAAGAGGCAGCUUCCAGUAGCAGGAUGUAUGUGUGUGAAAGGAAGUUUACUAAUGUCCUCUAUGUUUAAAGUCCAGCGGGAUGGCGAGACACUUUUUAGAGGAAGUGCAGUAUCACUGAAACAUUUCAAAAAGGAAGUAAAUGAAAUAAAGAAGGACAUGGAGUGUGGAUUAAGAGUUACUGAUGAUGAAUUGGUGUUUCAACCCGGAGAUUCCAUUGUGUGUUAUCAGUCACAAACACAAAGUGCAAAACUAGAUUGGGAUCCAGGAUUUUGAUGAUACUUUAUUAAUAUACAUUUUUUUUUAAUUUUGAGUCAUAUUAUUUAUGGAGUGUGACACAGUGAAUGAAAUUAAAGAGAUUGUGGGAACAAGCCGCCAUGUAUUUUCUUUAAUACCUUAACUGGCCCAUGGGGCAGUAUCUGUCAUCAGCUUUUUCUUUCAAGGUCACUACUGAGGAAUUGUGACCCAAUUUGCGUGAGCUGAUUUUUACCCAAUUUGUCGUUUUAAAGUUCUAAAUUGUGUUUAAGAAGUAUACCCACUUUUUUUGGCAACAAAGAAAAUCAAAAGUAAGAAUUUCAUGCAAACAUUUUUUAUUAUGUUACAAUUACUGACUUCACAUGAAAACAAAUUGCUACUGUACGAAAUGAAUUUAGAUUGAUAAAAUAUUUAUUAGUCCCCCACCGGGAACCAGAGCUUCAUACUUGGGGUAUGGAUUCACCUUGGUGAGGCAGUGUGUUGUGUAUCAAAAGUAGGUCACUCUGACCUACAUUUUGACCUUUGACCUAAAUCAAAGAAAACGUUUGUCCGGGCUCUAUCUCCUACACUACUAGUCACUGGAACUUCAUACUUGGAGUAUGGGUUCAUCUUAGUGAGGCAGCAUCGUAUAUCAAAGUAGGUCACUCUGUUUUUGACCUUUGACCUGCAUCAAAGAAAAAGUUUGUCCAUGCUCUAUCUCCUAUACUACUAGUUAUUGGACCUUCUUGCUUGGGGCAUGGGUUCACUUGCAUUGAAGAAGAACCAUACAUAGUGUCACCAGAUGCAAUUUAACAGUAAAACGGUACCACUAGCCAGUAAACAUCCACCAGAUUAACAGUAAAACGGUACCACUAACCAGUAAACAUCCACCAGAUUUAACAGUAAAACGGUACCACUAACCAGUAAACAUCCACCAGAUUUAUUUGCAGUAGUAGCACUGACACUAUUCCUUAUUGAAUAUGGUGGGUCUGUCAAACAUUCAUAUAUAGAAUUAGUUCCUGCACAAAUUUAUCAUCUGAGCAUUUCACAUUCGGUGGGGAACUAUAAUUCGCACAAUUGUCUUGUUUUGGGGGGUUUUAUGAUCAACAUUGCUUACAUAAUUUUAACAUGAAAUUGACCUAUGUUCUUUUAUGUGUGUAUUAUUUUUACUUUAUUUAUGUCUAUAACGUUUAUGUUUAUAAUUGAUGUACAUUUAAUGUUUAAUAAUACACCAUGACAAACUUCCACUAAUCACAGACAUCUAGAUGUAACAUUAAAUGAAAACUGUAAAUCGUCUGUACAUGUUGACAAUAUUGUUAAAUCAGCAUCAAAACAUAUAUUGUAUUACGUAAGUUAAAAUAUAUUUUAAAUAAGAAAACAUUGUCAAAAUUGUAUACAGUUUUUAUAAGACCUCUUUUGAAAUACGCUUGCAAGCUAUGGGAUAAAUGUAAUGGUAUAGAUUCCGAAAAACUAGAAAAAUUGUAAUUAGAAGCGGCUAGAACUGUGACUUGUCUUCCUGUAUUGGCAAGUAGGUAAAGCUUGUAUUUUGAAACUGGAUGGGAAACAUUAAACAAUCGUCGGAAAACUCGUAAGUUAGCAUUAUUAUAUAAAACGCAAAAUAAUCUAACCCCUUCUUACUUACAGGAUAUAAUGCCAAACAGAGUGCUUAAUGUUAGCAAUUACAAUUUACAAAUUCUAAAUAAUCAUGUGAUUCCAAGGUGUUGAUUAACCUUAUUUGAGAAAUCGUUCAUUCCUAGCACAUUAAGACUUUGGAAUAAUCUUGAUAUUCAAAUCAGAACAUGUAAUACGCUUUCUACAUUCAACAAUUAAAUAUCUUUUAAAGGAGAACGUGCUCCUGAUUUUUAUUCCACUGCUGAACGAAAAUGUAAUGUUUUGCAAACAAGACUCGGGUAUAACUACAGUUCCUUGAGCUCUGACCUCAAACGUAUAAAUGUAAUUCAGUCGCCUGAAUGCAUAUGUUCUUAUCCUAUAGAAAAUGUUGAGCACUAUUUUUUAGAAUGCCCAUGGUAUGUAGAAACCAGAAAUACCCUCAAGAGAAAAAAAAUAGGGAAUUUGAAUUUAGAGUUCUUAACUGCUGAUUUACUUUUGUAUGGUUCAGACAUGUUUACUGCUAAUGAAAAUUGUUUUCUAUUCAUAUCAGUUCAAGAGUACAUUAAAAAUUCAAAACGGAUUAUAGUUAAAAAUAAGUUAAAACAAAAGUAAAUAUAUUUAUAUAUCACCUGUACGUGGUUAGCAUUGUGGUACUUUGAUGACGCAGUGGAUCGCAUCCGGGAUAGCAGGGAGCCUAGCAAGCUUGGAUCUCUUAAGGAAGCCAAGGAUGUGUGAUAUUUAUACAUGUUGAAAGCGGAUAUUAUGGUGCCGUGCGUUUUAAAGAAAGCUUCAAGGAUGUAACCGUUGUGUGAUACGGUCUGCUGCGUCAUCAAGCUGCUACGGUGUUGACACAUGCAGGUUGAUUUCAAAGCUAAUUUUAAAUUAUUAAAUUUUAUAUUGUUUUAGUGACUAUAUGAUAUGCAUCAUUGACAGAAGUUUCAAUAUUAAAAUAUAAACUAUAGAUUAUUUAUAGUAAUGUUACAAUGUAUGUAUAUCAGAGACGUAUAUGACAGAGAUUGUUGUAUUAUACGUCUCUGAUUAUAUACAGGUUACUGAGACAUAUGUAACGGUACAUUCAAUAAUCUAUAAGAUUUUUCAUAUUGUACAUUUUCUCUUAUUCAUGUUUCCUUUUGAAUCAUCUAAAUACGGUCAUCAGUAUUUCUAUUUUGCAGCCAUAUGUAUAUUUCAUCAUUAUUGUUUUAAGGGAGGAGGCGAACUUUAAGUUUUAAAACUUGUGUCUAAUCCCUUUUGUAUUUUUGCAAAUAAAAUAUGUUUAAAUCAAUGUUUAUAAUAUGGGACAUAUAUGCCCAACUAAAGUGAGCAAGAAUUAUACAAAACUAUUCCUUGGAAGAUGACAUUAUGUUCAUGCUGAUGAGGGAAGAUAUUCUUGUCUUCACCAAGGUGCUGAUGGGGGCAGAUCUAGACAGGGCCACAAUUUUCUGGCAAUUCAGGAGGGAAUACACAGAAAAAUCAGUAAAGUUUACAUAACACAAUUAAUGACUUUAAACAUGCUCUACAUAUUCCACAAAAUUUAUAUGAAAAUGUUAAAUUCAUCAAAUGCAUGUAAAGUUGAUAUAAAUUGGGUAAUUUAACAUUAAUAAAUUUAAGCAUAUAAA